UCCCCCGCGGGCCCGCAGGUCGGCACCGAUCACACCGAGCGGGAGCGUCGCUCCGGCGCGGCGGGGUCAGUGACCGCGCACGCCGCCUUGUUCGCGUGUGAGCGGUCCGCGGGAGCGCGCCCCCCCUGGCCAAGGAAGGUGAGCGAGUGUCUGGAGGGGAGGACUCGGGAGCGCGACCAGCCGAGGGAUCGAUCGGAUUAAACUCGAUUCGAGUGAAAUUAACACAAAGGGAGAGACGAGCGACGCGCACCAGUCGGCGAGCUUGCGGAUGCGAGACGCGCCGGAGAAAUAUUUCACGAAAAAACAACCAAACUUUUUUUUUCUCUCUCUCUCUCUCUCUCUCCCCACCACCACCUUCUGUUUAUUUAUAUUUCAAACGGAAAAGGACCACGGUGGAUUUUUUUUUCCCCCUUUCCACGCGAGCGGAGAUACUAACGACGAGGAGUUGAUCUGAUAGAGCCCGAAGUGACCGAGCUCGUCGGUGGAUGGUUCAUUGGAAGGACUGUUGGGCAGAGGCCUUGCUCUGUUGCUGGUACCAUGUUAUCCACUUCACUGCUUAACUCCUCAUUAAGGAACGGUAAUGUGGACCAUGGAAUAACAAGCUUCGAAUUAGCAGCUAGCUGAUUAGCUCCUCACUGCACAACACACCUCCCUCCAUCUAGUCCCCCUCAUCUGUGGGCCCCCUACCCAGCCAUGGCGGACCCAGGGAUGUUGAGUCUAUUUGGGGACGAUGCAGGGCUGUUUUCAGAUGGAUUAGAUGGUUUAGGAGGCUGCUUUCCUCAGCAGCCUGCCCCUGGCCAGUCCAACCCCCUAGCUCAGCAGACUAAUCCCUCUCUGAACCAUGACCACCAGGGAAACAGGGGUUACCACCAGGGGAUGAUCCAUGGUGCAGGGAGUGGCCCAGGGCAGCCUAAAUUGGGGCAAAUGUAUGACCACAGCCCCUACACAGGCUACGAUCAGUCUGGUGCCCCUGGAGGGCGGGUGAUGGCCCAGAAUGGUCCCAGCCAGGGCCCACCAAAUGUGAAUGCUGCCAUGAAUGGCAUGGCUUCCCACUACCAUAAUAACCAAGCUAAUGCCACUAACCCCCACCAUGGGUACCCAGGUGAUGCUUCGGGAGGAGGGGGUGGGGGUGGCGUUUGGGGCCAGCAGCAGCAGCAGCAGCAGCAGCAGAGCAGAUCGGCAUAUCAGCAGCCUCCGACACAAACAGGGGGUGGCCCCAGUCAACUGGGAGGCUACCAGAUGUCUCAAGGCAACUAUGGUGGGAUGCAAGGCCCACCUACACCCAAUGCAACUCGCAUGAACCAACACUACCCACCACAGAGCAUGGCACCCCCUCCUGCUCAGGACCCAUCUCACUACCUGGGACAUGUUGGAAUGGGAGGGGCCCAGAUGAGACACCCACAGCCCCAGCCACAACCCCAGGGCUAUCCCAACAUGGGUCACACACCCCGAUACCCACACUCCCCAUCCCGACAGCCCCUGCAUACCAACCAGCACCAACAGGGCAUGGGGGGGUUUGGGGGAGGCCAGUACCCUGGCUAUCAGGCCCAGUAUGGAGCCAUUGGACCAGGGAUGGGCCAGAGUGCUAAUGCUAAUGUCAGUACUAACACCAGCCAGGCCAUGGGACCGGGGCAGCUUGGCCAGAGGUUUAACCAGGGAUCAGGCCCAGCAGCUGGGCAGCAGGGGCAGAGAUAUCCCCCUGCACCACCACACCAACCCCAGCCCCUUCAAACCCAUCCUGCCCCUAUGCAGCAGCAGGCAGGACAGCAGGGCCAGUCUAUGCACCCUCUAAACCACAUCCAGCACCCCCAGAAUGUGCCCCAGUCUCAAAAUCAACCCCAGUCCAACCUCCCCCCCCCAGCUCAGGGAUCUUACCCCUCCCCCGCAUCAAUUUCUCCCAUGCGGGUUUUGGGAACCCCAACUCCUCCUCCCCAACAGGGCAGACCACCUAGCGCAGGACUAGCCGGGCCCCCAGAGGUUGCAGGGUACACAGCCCUGCAGUCUCCACCCAAUGCAAUGCCCCAUCCACAGAGAACUCCCCAAAACCCUUUAUCUGCCCAACACCAGCAGCCCCACAACAUGCCCCCCAAUGCAGGGCAGAUGUAUCCCUCUAUGGGGCCGCAUCGUGCGCCACAAAUGGGUCCAAAUAGGCCUCAGCUCCAGCAACAACAAGGACCUCAUGAAGCUCAAGUCAGCCAGGGGGGAGACCAGCGUCUGCUCCAGGCACAGCAGCAGGCCUCUCGAGUAGGGCAGCCCCUCCAGUCUGCUACCAUGGGUUUCCAGGGUCCGCCUGUCAGUCAACACGGAGCUGCGGCCUCAAACCAGGGCUUAGCACCGCCCACCCAGAACGCUCAGACACAGCACACGCACCUGCCCUCCCACCACCUGCAGAGCACACCCCCACAAUCCAACCAGGGAUCCAACCCAUGGGCGCCUACGCCUCUAGCCCCCACCCCACUCUCCUCACCCCCUCUUACUCCACAAAAAGUGCCUCACAUACAGCAUUCCCCCACGGACCCGUCAGGCGAUGCCUCAAUGAUGGUUCCUGAAAGGCCGACCAUUUGCGCUGGCAUGCCAAGCCAGCCUAUCAGCACAGAGCAGCCCAGCAACCAGGAGACCAAGCCAAAAAAGAAGAAGAAGAAGAAAGCUAAAGUAGCGGAUGCAGAUGAAGAAGAGGGAGGAAAGAAGGCAGCGAAAGGAGGAGCAGAGGAAGACUCAAAGUCCGAAUUUCCAAGAUCAGGAAGUGAGGCAGGUGAACAGGUUACUGGCACAGGAAUUGUAGAGGGAAGUUCACCAUCAGUAGAAGAGAAGAAAAAGCGGAAAAAGAAACCAAAGGAGAAGGCAGAGGGCAAGGAGCCCAAAGAGCCCAAGACCCCGAAGACACCUAAAAUGCCCAAGACCCCCAAAGAGCCCAAGGAGAAGAAAGCUAAGAGCUCCACGCCCAAGGCAAAGACCCCCAAGAAAACCAGCAGUAAGAAGGUGGAGUCUGAGGUCGGGGCUGGCUCUGCCAAGAAGGAUACCAAGAGGAAGAGAGAGUUGUCAGUCAUCGACGAUGUGGUGGUGAAGAGUCCACCUCCAUCGCCUCCUGAAGAUGAAGAUGAUGACGGUGUACAGAAGCGUCGUUCCAGUCGUCAGGUGAAGAGGAAGAGGUACACUGAGGAUCUCGAGUUUAGAAUUUCAGAUGACGAUGUCAGUGGAGAAGACUCACCAACACCAAAAUCCCCGUCUUCAUCAUCCCAACAACAGGAUGUGGCCGAAGUCGAGGGGCCCAUUGUGGAGAAGAUCAUGGGCCUGCGCACCUCCAAAAAACAGCAAGAGGAGGGGGAGGAAGUGGAGGUGGAGGAGUUUUAUGUCAAGUUCAAGGGCUUUUCGUACCUCCACUGUCGCUGGGCUGACCUGCAGGAGCUUGAGAAGGACAAGCGAGUACACCAGAAGAUUAAAAGGUUUAGAGCCAAGCAACUACUCAACAACUUUAUAACUGAGAUGGAUGAUGAGCCUUUUAACCCAGACUAUGUGGAGGUGGACCGUGUCCUGGACAUUUCAGAGAGCCCGGAUGAAAAUGGAGAGACAGUGACAUUGUAUUUGGUGAAAUGGUGCAGUCUGGCAUACGAAGACUCCACCUGGGAGCUGAAGGCUGACAUCGACCAGUCCAAGAUAGACGAAUAUGAACGCAUUGCAUCACGCACACCCAACACUAAGAAAGUGGAUCGGCCUCCUGUAGCCGACUGGAAAAAGCUGGAUGGCUCCAGAGAUUACAGGAAUGGCAACUCACUCAGGGAAUACCAGUUAGAAGGGCUCAACUGGCUUACCUUCAACUGGUACAACUCACGCAACUGUAUCUUGGCUGAUGAGAUGGGUCUAGGGAAGACCAUUCAGUCCAUUACGUUCCUCUAUGAGAUCUACAUGAAGGACAUUGAGGGGCCGUUCCUGGUAAUUGCCCCGCUCUCCACCAUCCCCAACUGGGAGCGAGAGUUCAGGACCUGGACCGAGCUCAAUGCGGUUGUCUACCAUGGCAGCCAGGCCAGCCGCAAGACCAUCCAGGCCUACGAGAUGUACUAUAGAGACGCACAGGGUAAAAUCAUAAAGGGAGCAUAUCGCUUUAAUGCGGUGAUAACAACCUUUGAGAUGAUUCUGGCCGACUGUCCGGAGCUUCGCAGCAUCCCAUGGCGCUGUGUGGUAAUUGACGAAGCUCACCGCCUCAAAAACCGAAACUGCAAACUACUGGAAGGACUCAAAAUGAUGGACAUGGAGCACAAAGUCCUGUUGACAGGAACUCCCCUCCAGAACACUGUGGAAGAGCUCUUCAGCUUACUCAAUUUCCUGGAGCCCGAGAGAUUCCCGUCUGAACAGACAUUCAUGACUGAAUUUGGAGACCUCAAGACUGAAGAACAGGUUCAGAAACUGCAAGCCAUCCUGAAGCCUAUGAUGUUGAGAAGACUUAAGGAGGACGUGGAAAAGAACCUAGCUCCAAAGGAGGAGACCAUCAUUGAGGUGGAGCUGACCAACAUCCAGAAGAAAUACUAUCGAGCCAUUCUGGAGAAGAACUUCUCCUUCCUGGCCAAAGGAGGUGUGGGAGGAGGGGGUGGUGGUGGAGGUGGUGGUGGUGGUGGAGGAGCCAAUGUCCCCAACCUCCUCAACACGAUGAUGGAGCUGAGAAAAUGCUGCAACCACCCCUACCUCAUUAUUGGAGCUGAAGAGAAGAUCAUCGAGGAGUUCAGGGACUCCCACGGAGGCAGGGCCGAUAUACCAGAAAUGGCCCUCCAGGCCAUGAUCCAGGCUGCUGGCAAGCUGGUGCUCAUUGACAAGCUGCUGCCCAAACUGAAGGCAGGUGGACACAGAGUCCUGGUGUUCAGUCAGAUGGUCCGCUGUCUGGACAUCCUGGAGGACUACCUCAUCCAGAAACGAUAUCCCUAUGAGCGUAUAGACGGCAGAGUUCGUGGUAACCUGCGGCAGGCAGCCAUCGACCGGUUCUCUAGACCGGACUCGGACCGUUUUGUCUUCCUGCUGUGUACAAGAGCUGGAGGCCUGGGCAUCAACCUUACCGCAGCAGAUACCUGCAUCAUCUUUGACUCAGACUGGAAUCCUCAGAACGACCUGCAGGCCCAGGCCAGGUGUCACCGUAUCGGCCAGUCAAAGGCUGUCAAGAUCUACCGUCUGAUCACCAGGAACAGCUACGAGAGGGAGAUGUUUGACAAGGCCAGUCUGAAGUUGGGGCUCGACAAGGCUGUGCUGCAGAGCAUGAGUGGACGGGAAAACGCCAACAGCGGGGUCCAGCAGUUGUCCAAGAAGGAGGUCGAAGACCUGCUGAGAAAGGGAGCUUACGGGGCUCUAAUGGAUGAGGAAGACGAAGGCUCAAAAUUCUGCGAGGAGGACAUCGACCAGAUCCUCCAGAGACGAACCCACACCAUCACCAUAGAGUCUGAGGGGAAGGGCUCUACAUUUGCUAAGGCCAGUUUUGUUGCAACUGGUAACCGAACAGACAUUUCUCUCGAGGAUCCAGACUUCUGGCAGAAAUGGGCCAAGAAGGCUGAGCUGGACCUGGAUGCCAUCAAUGGACGGAACACGCUUGUGAUUGACACGCCAAGGGUGAGGAAGCAGACACGGCAUUACAGCAGCGUCAAAGAGGAUGAAAUGCUGGAGUUCUCGGAGCUGGAGAGUGACGAGGACGAGCCGAGCAAACCUUCUUCCAAACCACGACGGCCCCAAGACAAAGCCCAGGGCUACCCCCGGUCUGAGUGCUUCAGGGUGGAGAAGAACCUGCUGGUCUACGGUUGGGGUGGGUGGAGUGACAUCCUGACUCAUGGUCGCUUCAAGCGCCCCCUGAAGGAGGCCGAUGUGGAAACCAUCUGCAGAGCGCUGCUGGCUUACUGCCUACUCCAUUACCGAGGCGACGAGAACAUCAAAAGUUUCAUCUGGGACCUCAUCACCCCGAGUGAAGAUGGGACCACCAAGACGCUGACCAACCACUCUGGUCUCUCCACCCCAGUCCCUCGUGGUAGGAAGGGCAAGAAGGGGAAGCCCCCGGCCCCGCCUCCACAGACUCCACGAGCUGAUUGGCUGGCCAGCUGCAAUCCCGACCACCUACUGCAAGAGGAAAGCUACAAGAGACACCUGAAACACCACUGUAACAAGGUGCUGCUAAGGGUGAGGAUGCUGUAUUAUCUAAGACAGGAAGUCAUAGGCGACCAGGCAGAGCGCAUCUUGGAGGGAGCAGACUCCAGUGAGCUGGAUAUCUGGAUUCCCCAGCCGUUCCAUGCUGAGGUUCCAGCCGACUGGUGGGACAGCGAAGCCGACAAAUCCCUGCUCCUUGGCGUCUUCAAACACGGCUAUGAGAAGUACAACUCUAUGCGGGCCGACCCCGCCCUGUGUUUCUUGGAGAGGGUAGGCAUGCCGGACGCCAAGGCUAUUGCCGCCGAGCAGAGGGGCUCUGACAUGAUGGCAGAUGGCGUUGAGGGUGAGGAUGAGGACCCAGAGUACAAGCCACUGCGAAUGCCUUUUAAAGAUGAGAUGGAUGACUUCACCAACUCUCCGCUGGAUGACAAGGACGACGCUGUGGAGGGAGAGACAGAAGCAGUAACUAAAUCAGGUGAAAACGGUCAAACUGCGACUACUUUGGGCGGAGCCUCUGGCUCCAACGAGCGACUUUAUUGGCCCGCAGCCUCAGCUCUGACAGCUCGUCUGCGUCGCCUCAUCACGGCAUACCAGCGCUCCAACAGAAGAGAACAGCUCCGCCAGGAGGCCCUCAACAGGCCUGACGGUCGCCGCCGCCGCCGCAGGGAGUUCCUGCCUUCUAUCUCCAUGGUUACUGAGUCAGGAGGAGGGGCAACUUACAUCCAAGAUGGAGCCACAGUGUUCAUGACAGAGGGGAGCCCAUAUUUGGCAAAAGGAAGUGCUUACUUUGCCAAAGGUGGACAGUUAAUGCCAGAGGCUUCGCCAGUGAUGACCACCAGCUCCUUGAUGGCCGAUGGAGCCAUGUACUACAAGGAGAGAAGACAAAGAUGGACUCGUCGCGAGGAGGCUGAUUUCUACCGUGUUGUGUCCACCUUUGGUGUUGUCUUUGACACUCAGCGUCAGAAAUUCGAUUGGACACAGUUCAGGGCCUUUGCCCGACUGGACAAGAAAACAGAUGAGAGUCUGGAGAAAUAUUACUACUCUUUUAUUGCCAUGUGCAAACGUGUCUGCAGAAUGCAGGUCAAGACUGACACAGAACUCCCAGACCCAACCCUCAUCAUUGACCCCAUCACUGAGGAGCGCGCCUCUCGCACCCUGUACCGCAUCGAGCUGCUCCGCCGCAUCCGAGAGCAGGUCCUCCCCCACCCCUUGCUCUCUGAGCGCCUCAAGCUCUGCCAGGCCUCUCCAGACCUCCCGGAGUGGUGGGAGUGUGGCCGCCAUGACCAGGACCUACUUCUUGGGGCAUCCAAGCAUGGCGUGAGUCGGACAGAUUAUCACAUCUUAAAUGACACUACGUUGGACUUUCUGGAGGCCCACCAGCGCUUCACCAGCCAUCGAGGGGCUGGGGUUGGCAUGGGAACCCAGGGAGAGAUGACCAAAGCUGGAAUGGUAGCAGCAGAACACACCACUGCACCUCUCCUCACCCCAGCAGAGCUGGCGAGCACUGCUGCUGCUGACAAAAUCGCUGUUAAUGCAGCUGAAGAGGUGAAGACUGAGGAAGGGCAAACUGAGAUGGAAGUGAAAAAGGAACCCAAGGGAGAAGACGACCACAUUCCAUGUACCAAGACUGAAAAUCCUGAUGAACAGGAGGAAAUUGAGGGAGAGGUUGGAAAAGGGAAGGAUGAGACCACUGCUUCACCAAGAAAGGAGGUCAAGGAAGAGGAACAGGAAACCCAGCCAAAAGUUGAGGAAGAGGUCAAUGAAGAGCAGAGAGAAGAAGAAAAGACUUCCAAGCCAUUGGAUGAUGAAUAUAAAGCCUUGGCAGAGGAGAAAAAGAGUUUGAGUCUAGUUGAUACUCAAACAGACCAAGAGGAAAUGACCAUUGAGCUCUCAGAACAUCCCAACUCUUCUCCUAAAGCACAACCAGACCACAAGACUGUGGGGGAGGAAGAUAGGGAAGAGAGGGAGAAUCCACAGUCUCCCAAAUCUCCUAAGUCAGCUGACACCGAGAAGAGCCCAGAGGAGGAAGAGGAGGAGAGAAUGGAGGAAGACGACAAAUCAGAGAAAUCCUCUCAGGCUGAAGCGAGUGCUGCAUCAGAGCAGAAGAACUUUGACGAGGAGAGCAUCGCGUCUCUGAGCACGUCGGCCCGCGACGAAACCAGAGAUGGAUUCUGCCCCGAAGACCUGCCAGAAACCUCUGCGCUGCAGGCCUUACAGGACCGCGCCUAUGCCUUCUCAUUCUGGCCUAAGGAUCGCCUGAUGAUCAACAGGAUGGAUAACAUCUGCGAGGCUGUCCUGAAGGGCAAAUGGCCUGUCAACAGACGCCACAUAUUUGACUUCCCCAGCAACCUUUUGCCAGGGAAUGGCUCCGCAGUAACCACAGCCGCCGUGGCCACGGCAACUGACAGCCCGCUACAGAGGCGGAGUCUGGCCGAGCUGACAAUGGCGGGCAUCCAUACGCCUUACAGUGGGAGUGAAGACAAAACACUAUCGCCGCAGGUUCAUGAGGAUGCUCUGAGCCUGACGAUGCCCCGACGGAGGAGAAGGAGGAGAAAGAUCGAGAUUGAGGCGGAGAGGGCGGCUAAGAGACGCAACCUGAUGGAGAUGGUGGCUCAGCUGAGAGAGAGCCACGCUGCUGCAGAGUCCCAGAGCCAGGCUAUAGACCUCACCAAGGGUAUGCACCAUCACCACAAGGCCUCUCCCUCAUUGGCCGGAUUCCCAAGUGCUCUGGUGACAAGCCCCUCCCUCAAGGCCCAGAUGGAGUUGCUGCAGCAAGCUCCGCCCUCUGGACAAAGAGCCAAUGGUUCACAGGAGGCUGACCUGCCCAUCAUGAGGAGGAGGCGAGGCCGCAGGAAAAAUGUGGAGGGCCUGGAGCUGCUAUUCAUGGCCAACAAGAGAGCAGGAGGGGAUGAUGCUGAAGGGACAAAGGUUUCAGUAGUGGAAGGGGUUCAGGAUGCUGCCCGUGCCCACCGAUCGCUCACCAUCCCCGAGCAGAGCCCCAGUGCCAGAUCUCAUGCUUCUGGCAGUCUGGAGGAAGAAGAGCCAGCAGUGUCAAACAAGGAGCUGGGAGAGUGGCUGAGGCAGCACCCUACAUACACCAUGGACAUGGCUGGAUUCACACCAAAGAGCGAGGAGUUACUGCUGUCUCAGUUCUCUAAGCCCAAGCAGAAGCGCCAUCGCUGUCGAAACCCCAACAAGAUCGACAUCAACACCCUGACUGGAGAUGAGAGAGUACCUGUGGUCAACAGACGCAAUGGACGCAAGAUGGGCGGGGCCAUGGCUCCACCAAUGAAGGAGCUUCCCAGAUGGCUACUAGAGAACCCAGAGUUUUCUAUUGCCCCUGACUGGACAGACAUUGUCAAACAGUCUGGUUUCCUCCCAGAAGCUAUGUUCGAUCGCCUUCUGACCGGCCCUGUAGUCCGGGAGGAGGGCGUCCGUCGUCGGGGGCGACGACCCAAAUCUGAGAUUGCCAAGGCAGCAGCUGCCGCCCAGGCAGCAGCAGCAGCUCAGGCUGCUCAGGCAUCACUGGCCACUGCUGCUUCAACUGCAGGAGGCAUCAACCCUCUGCUGUUGAACAGCCUGUUUGGAGGGAUGGACCUUUCUUCUCUCCAGAGCCUCCAGUCUCUCCAGCUGGCUGCUGGUCUCAUGGCCUUCCCUCCCCCCACCGACCCAAAGCAGGCCGCUGCCGCCUCCAUGCUGCCCCUCAUGCUGCCUGGCAUGGGAGGCCUGCACAACAUGGCCGCUGCACUUCCCAACAUGUUCAGCCUAGGCGGACUAUUUGGCGGUAACCUUGCGACCGCCACAGCUGCCACAUCCCAUGCUGCCAUCGCUGCAGCGUCAGGCAACACAAAUGGAACGAUGGCAGGAGAGGGAGGAGGGAGUGGCCAAACAAAAAAGAGGAAGAGAGAGGGAGAGGAGAAGGAGGGAGAAGGUGGUGAGGUGGGAGAGGAGGAGGAAGAUGAGGACGAGGCUGAGGGAAAUGAAGGCAUGAAGAAGGCAAAGAGGAAGAUGGCGGAGAGGAUGGAGAAAUUAGGGAAUGAUGUCAAUGCGCCCCCUGAGAUCCCGGCUGUUGAUUCGUCAGAGGCAUCCAUCAACGGUGAUGCCGCCGCCCUGCUGGCAGCAGCUGGCAUGUCUGCCAACUCCCUAGCAUUCAACCCCUUCCUCCUCUCCACCAUGGCCCCCGGCCUCCUCUACCCCUCCAUGUUUCUUACUCCAGGCCUCGGGGGGCUCAGUCUGCCUGGCUUCCCAACCGCCUCCACACUGGCCGAGUUGCAGAGCGCCAUGGCCGGAGUACUGGGGGGCAACACCGUGUCCACAAACCCCCCGAGAGACGAGGGUGUGGCGAAGAAGAUAAUGAAAGCUACAGAAGAAGAGGAGGACGACGACGAAGACGAGGAGGGAGGAGGAGCAGUGAGUGACUUGGCUGAGGAAGAGGGGGGGUUGGAGGAGGAGACGACAGGCGAGGCUGACGAUUCAGUUCUGGAGGAUGGAGGGAUGGGAGGAGAUGAAGAGGAGGCAGCGGAAUCUCCACAGAAGGACAACAGUGACUAAAAUAAGACACAAAACUGACUGGCCUGGGGCAUUUCCUCACCUCUGACUGCCCCCUCCCUCUCCCUUGCCAAGUUUACACGCCUCCACCAGAAACAUCCAAACUAUCAUGAAUCCUGUUGGGUUUUUUUUCCUUUAUGUUGUUGUUGAUGAUUUCUUUCCGUUUGUUGUUUAUUUUUUGACCAGGUAUAUUUACUAUGUGUCAGAGAGGAUGAGGUGUGUGUGUUCAGUCUCUCUGAGCGAUAGUGUAGUCAGGGAAAGUCCGCACAGCCGCUCGCUCAGAGCUCGGCUCCUCUUUAAAGACUCUUUCUUCUCCUCUACCUUGUUCCUGUUGACUUUUCUCUUACACAGUCCCUAAAACAGGACUUCACGAGGUUCCAAUAGUGCUAUUAUUGUUAUUAUUAUUAUUAUUAUUAUUUUUGCUGCUUUCAGCUCUCAGAUCUGUCGUUUUCCUUACUUUUUUGCCUCCUGCAUCUGGACUGUUUUUUUGCUGUUGGUUGUCGGCAGCGUCUCAUCACAAAGAGAAGAAACACCCGCUGCUGGCACCUUUUCUAACAUCGGUUCUCAUAAAGCAAGAAAAAAAAACAAACACAUCUAACCCAACUGUCUGUCUGACAAAGCUGCUGCAAAAAUGAAUUGUGGGUAAUGGAGUUCAGCUGUUCUGUUUCAGAGCAGAUGUAGUUCUCACAUAUCAGACCAGGUAGACUCUGAGGAGGAAAAGGAAAAUAG